GCCACGGCGACAUCCAUGAGAGGGCGCUGCGCAAAGGGGCGGCGCUCGCGUCCUGACGCACGGCGGGGGCGUGUCCGGAGAGCGCGCUGCGCGUCCUCGCUUGUUGUUCCCGCAGAGAGGGCAGAAGAUGGCGGCCGUGUCGAGCGGGGCUGCCGCCGCCGCCGGGAUUCCGCACCCGAACCGCGAGCGAGCGCAGCCCGCCGCCUCCAUACACCACCCGAACGCGAACCGAGCCGCCGCCGCGGGCGUCGGUCGCCCGCCCCCCGUGCGCGUCGGCUACUAUGAGAUGGAGCGGACCAUCGGGAAGGGCAAUUUCGCUGUGGUCAAACUCGCCACGCACAUGAUCACCAAAGCGAAGGUCGCGAUAAAGAUCGUUGAUAAGACUCAGCUGGACGAUGAGAAUCUGAAGAAGAUCUUUCGGGAGGUUCAGAUCAUGAAGAUGCUGCGGCACCCUCACAUCAUUCGACUGUACCAGGUGAUGGAGACAGAGCGAUUGAUCUAUUUGGUGACCGAAUAUGCCAGCGGAGGAGAGAUCUUCGAUCAUCUGGUGGCUCACGGACGGAUGGCGGAGAAAGACGCUCGGCGGAAGUUCAAGCAGAUCGUAGCGGCGGUUUAUUUCUGCCACUGUAGGAACAUCGUCCACAGAGACCUGAAAGCAGAAAACCUGCUGCUGGACCACAACCUGAACAUCAAGAUCGCAGAUUUCGGCUUCAGUAAUCUGUUUUCUCGAGGGCAGCUGCUGAAGACGUGGUGUGGCAGUCCUCCGUACGCUGCGCCCGAACUGUUCGAGGGAAAAGAGUAUGAUGGACCGAAAGUGGACAUAUGGAGUCUGGGUGUGGUGUUGUAUGUCCUGGUCUGUGGCGCAUUACCGUUCGAUGGAAGCACUUUACAGAACCUCCGCGCUCGUGUCCUCAGCGGGAAAUUCCGGAUCCCAUUCUUUAUGUCCACAGACUGUGAGUAUCUGAUCAGACACAUGUUGAUUCUGGAACCCAGUCGACGGCUUUCAAUGGAGCAGAUCUGCAAGAACAAGUGGAUGAGACAAGGAGACCCAGAUCCAGAGUUUGACAGACUGAUAGCAGAAUGUGAGCAGGUGAAGGUGGAAAGAGAAACAGAGUUAAUUAAUGAGCAGGUGUUAAUGGCCAUGUCAGAUAUGGGCUUUGACCGUGAGAGGACCUUACAGUCUCUGCACACGGACGCGUAUGAUCACUACAGCGCCACCUACAGUCUGCUGUCUGACAAGCUGAAGCGGCACAAGAACCUGUGCAUGGCUCCGCCCACGCCCCGCCCCCUCUACCCGCUGCAGGAUCAGAGUAAUGCCGUCAGUAUGACGGUACCGCAGGUCCAGCUCAUAAACCCCGAGAAUCAGAUCGUUGAGACGGAUGGGCCGAUGGCUCUGGACAGUGAUGAGGGAGAAGAGCCCAGUCCAGAGGCGAUGGCCCGAUACCUGUCCAUGAGACGCCACACUGUAGGCGUUCCCGACCCCAGGGCCGAGAUUCAGGAGGAUCUUCAGAAACUGGCCCCUGGGUUUCCGCGUGUGGCCCCUCAGCCGCCCUUCCCUCCGCUGGUACCCACCAUGGCGCAGAUGCAUCUGAUGCCCACUCAGAACAUGCAGCCCACACAGCAGCUAGAGUACAAGGAGCAGUCUCUGCUGCAGCCUCCGACCCUUCAGCUGCUGAACGGCAUGGGUCCUCUGGGCCGCCGGGCGUCCGACGGCGGAGCCAACAUUCAGCUUCACGCGCAGCAGCUGUUGAAGAGGCCGCGCGGUCAGUCGCCGCUGGUCACCAGCCCGCAUCCGAUUCCCGCCGUGGCUCCGGUGGAUGAGGAGGGAUCUGACGCUGAACCGGAUCCGGAGGCCGUUCAGAGGUAUCUGGCGAACAGUUCCAAGCGGCACACAACACACGGCACGGGUCCCUGUCACAUGACCAGCGAGCUCUCGGCAGACACACAGAGAGCCCGGCAGAGGGGCUGGACCCCCGAACAACACUGCCGGUCGUCGUAUAAAGACUGUAACACCCUUCACCUGCCGAUGGAGCGGUUCUCUCCGGUCAGACGUUUCUCUGAUGGAGCCGCCACCAUACAAGCGUUCAAGACCCAGCUGGAGAACAACAGCCUCAUCCGACAGCUCAAACAGGAGUGUGAGCAGCUUCAGAAGAUGUACGCGGCUUCGCAGGACGAGCGGCUGAUGGAGCACACGCAGCAACAGCACGUCCUCUACCAGCAAGAACAGCAGAUCCUACACCAGCAAAUACAGGCCCUGUCUUUAGGACAUGGAGAAAACCAGCCCAGCAGUCACCUUACAUACCAGCUACAGAGGUUGCGUAUUCAGCCCUCCAGUCCUCCACCUACGCAUCCUAACAACCAUCUCUUCAGGCCAGCCAAUCAGAGUCCUCCGCCGGGGAGUCAGGGGAUGAUGCAAGCGCACGGCGGGCCGUCUGCGGUUCAGUUUCAGCAUGGCUCCGCCCUCUACCAGUCUCCCAGCGCCAGCCCUCCCCCCACCAGCCUCCCCCGCAUGGCGCUGCCCAAUCAGCAACCUCCGCCGCCAGGCUCCGCCCGCGCAUUAGCGCAGCAGCAGCAGCAGCAAGUGACCAUUCAGGUGCAGGAGGUGGAGCUCGGGGGCGGAGCCCAGCGGCAGGCCUUCCUCGCGACGCCGUGUCACAGAGUUCUGGGGAAGCAGUUGAGCGCCGAUAACGCGGAAACUCACAGUCGCAGUUUGAGUCGCUUCCACACUUCCACGUACGAGCAGUUUAACCCGCACCUGUUUGGCGAGGGCGGCAUGAGCAGCGUCAUAGGCACCUAUAACCCCUACCUGCAGGGGGCGUCUCUGAAGGUGCCGGGGCUGGAGGGCUAUCAGGGCGCCGCGGUCGGUUACGGCAGUCCGUCUGCGCUGCAGCAAGCUCUGCUGUCGCCCACGCCGCUGGAGUACCGGCCGGCCCAGCAGCACGUCACGCCCACCUUGCAGGGCCUCCUCUCGCCGCGGCACUCGCUCACGGGACACGCCGACCCGCGCCUGCCCCCGCAAGACCUCGCCGCGCUGCUCAAGCGGCAGAGCCCGCGCACCGCCCCGCCCUCCACAGCCACGCCCACCAACCCACAGGACUACGGAGAGAUGCUGCUGCUACAGCAACUGGGCCAAGCCGCCGAGAGCUUAGAGUCCGGCCCCCCGCAAGCCCCGCCCACACAGCACUACCAUCACCUGCUCCAAAUCAGGACGGCGCCCGAGUGCUCCGCCCCUCACUCAGAGAGCAUGGAGGAGGACGAGAUGCCGGCCUAUCACGAGGGCCUGCUGGCCAAAGCCGCCGCCCCCUGUGCAGAGGCACACGAGCUGCUGGCUCCGCCCCUCGGCAGCACGCCGCCCUACUCCUCCCCCACACAUAGACACGCCUACAUGCGCGGCGUCACGGCGAGCAGAGAACCGUGUGACGCCACAGACUGUCGCGGGAUGGAGGGAGAUCAUAACGGUUACGGCUCACGCGCCACACAGGGCGACGCCUACAGGACGCGAGGAUCAUUACAGCGACAUCACACCAUCCAGACCUGCGACGACGCCUACGAGCAGGUGGAGCCGAUGUCUGGAAUGAGCUUAUUGGCUGGGAAGGCGCUAAGCUCCGCCCGCAUGUCGGACAUCCUCAGCCAGUCGUCUCUGACAGGAAGCCAGCAGCUGCAGCAGAGGGACGGGUCAGCGUGUGACGUGGAGGCGGAUGUUCACCCCGCGUCAUGUUACCCGUCCUCCUGCACCAGUGACAUGCUGCUAAGCUACAAAACCCCCGACCUGCAGUACAGUGUGGAACAGGCCGGGGUCUAAUGAACACAGGGGUGUAUUUGCUGUAUAAAGCUCAUAUCCGUCUGCUGUGUUGUGCUGUCAUGCCAAAUCCUCAUCGUCUGUCUGUCGGGGUGCCGUGGGUGCGGCGUGCACGCAGGGGGCGGAGCACUCGGCUUCCUCUUCGAUGCCAUUGGCCGUCAUGACCCGGGAGUCUCUCUGAUUGGCUGGGGCGAGUGCCGCCCGUCUGCUGCAGCCCAAUAAUCAUCCGCCCCUCCCCCACCCGACCACGCCCUCUUACCGUCGCCAUAGCAGCGCUCUCGCGCACUCUGAGGCUUACACAGAGUCUUAUGUAAACACACACACACACACACACGAAGAGACGUCAUUACCAAACGCCACAAACCCAAAGUAUUUCACGUGAAGCCUGUGCUGCGGCGGGGCGUCGCGGAUCAUUCCGGUCGGGCCGUGACGUCACGAUCGACCCCUUCCGCCGGGACGGCUGACUCUCAUUCGCUCUCUUCUUUCUUCACUUCUGUUUUUUUAUUUUUAACGCAUUUUUAUGGCUAAUGUUCUGUAGGAAUUAUGAUCAUUAUUGUUCUUGUUUUCUGUAAAAGACGUUUUAUGGUUAUGACAUUAUUAAAAAGAAUGAUUAUUAUUAUUAUUAAAACCGUUCUAUGUUGCAACAAGAGAACAGCAGCGUUCGUUUCCUCACAAAGUGAUUUUUGCACUUUCAGAGUUUGUUUUGCUUUUCUUUCCUGUUUCUUGUUCACCUCCUUCAUUCCAUCCGUCCGUCUGUCUGUCUGUCCGAUGUCAGUGACAGAUGCAUUGUGGGUAGUUUCACAGAUCGUGUACUGCUCAUAGCUGAUGAUGAUGAUGUUUAAGCUUCAUUUCUGUUUCAAAGCUUUAUUGGUUAUUUUUUUGUGGAUGUUGUUGGAAAAGCUUUUGUAUAUUGUUAAUUUUGCUCUUUCUGUUCUGAUGUCAUGUGGAUGUUUUUAGCUGAAUGUACAGACAGACAGACAGACGCUUCAUUUCACGUCUUUCUACCAGUUUAAAGCAGAAACGUAUGGAAGCUCCUCUCCGCCACGGAAUAAAAACAAAAGGUAAUUGCGAAUUU